AAGAGCGCGUCCUUCACUCCCAGCAGCUCAGCCUCCGAUGCAAUUGAGCCGGGAAGAAGACUUUGUCAUCGGGGACUCGACUGCGACCACCGCGGCUCUCCGGUCCGACGGCCGCGCUGGAUCUCCGGACAAGAUGUGCAGUGAAUGUUACGUGAAUCAGACGUUUGUGCACGACGAUGGGACCGUGAACGAGCACAAGCCGCGCUCCUCCCCAGCACCCCCCCAGACCAACAUCAACACCAGCGGGCUCAUCUUGGACAUCUCCACGCUGAAGAUGGAGCAGCAGGAGAGCGAGGAGGUGCCUCCGCUGCCCCCCCGCUUUCGCUUCAGAGACCUGCUGCUGGGGGACCAGAGCUUCCAGAAUGACGACAGGGUGCAGGUGGAGUUCUAUGUGAAUGAGAACACCUUCAAGGAGCGUCUGAAGCUCUUCUUCAUCAAAAACCAAAGAUCAAGCCUUCGGAUUCGUGUGUUCAACUUCUCCCUGAAGCUGCUCACCUGCCUGCUGUACAUCAUCCGAGUGGUCACAGAUAACCCCGGCCAGGCCGCCGGCGCCAGUCCCAGCGCGGGACAGCAAAGCGCUCCCAGUGGCAGCAAUAAAUGUGUUGACUGCCUGUGGAACGGAUCAGUGCAGGACAGAGAAAUUAACUGGGAGUUGAUCUUCUGGGUCGACCGAAAGGUUCCUGUCUGGGCCAUUCAAGUGAUUGUGGCCAUCAUUAGUUUCCUGGAGACGAUGCUACUGAUGUAUCUGAGCUACAAGGGGAACAUCUGGGAGCAGAUGUUCCAGGUGUCCUUUCUGCUGGAGAUGAUCAACACAGUUCCCUUCAUCAUCACGAUCUUCUGGCCCUCGAUAAGAAACAUCUUCAUUCCCGUGUUUCUCAACUGCUGGCUAGCCAAGUGUGCUUUGGAGAACAUGAUCAAUGACGUCCACAGAGCAAUCCAGAGGACCAACUCAGCAAUGUUCAACCAGGUCCUGAUUCUCAUCUGCACCCUGCUGUGCCUGGUCUUCACCGGCACGUGCGGCAUCCAGCACCUGGAACGAGCCGGCAAAAACCUCUCGCUCUUCAACGCCUUCUACUUCUGCAUCGUCACCUUCUCCACCGUCGGCUUCGGGGACGUCACCCCCCGCAUUUGGCCCUCCCAGCUGCUGGUGGUCAUCAUGAUAUGCGUCGCUCUGGUGGUGCUGCCCCUGCAGUUCGAGGAGCUGAUGUACUUGUGGAUGGAGAGACAGAAAUCCGGAGGGAAUUACAGCCGCCACAGAGCGCAGACGGAGAAACACGUGGUGCUCUGUGUGAGCGCACUGAAGAUAGACCUGCUCAUGGAUUUUCUCAACGAAUUCUAUGCCCACCCCAGACUGCAGGAUUACUAUGUGGUGAUCCUGUGCCCAAGUGAAAUGGACCUCCAGGUGCGCAGAGUGUUGCAGAUCCCUCUUUGGUCUCAGAGGGUCAUCUAUCUGCAGGGCUCUGUCCUCAAAGACCAGGAUCUGCUCAGAGCCAAAAUGGAUGACGCAGAGGCUUGUUUCAUUCUAAGCAGUCGCAACGAGGUGGAUCGAAUGGCUGCGGACCAUCAGACCAUCCUGAGGGCCUGGGCCGUGAAGGACUUUGCUCCAAAUUGUCCCCUUUACGUCCAGAUACUCAAACCGGAAAAUAAGUUCCAUGUGAAAUUUGCAGAUCAUGUCGUGUGUGAGGAGGAGUUCAAGUACGCCAUGUUGGCUCUCAACUGCGUGUGCCCUGCCACAUCCACCCUGGUCACUCUCCUCGUGCACACCUCCCGUGGACGAGAAGGACAGCAGUCCCCGGAGCAGUGGCAGAGGAUGUACGGAUGUUGCUCUGGCAACGAGGUCUACCACAUCCGAGUGUGCGACAGCAAGUUCUUCGGAGAGUACAACGGCAAGAGCUUCACGUACGCCUCUUUUCAUGCCCACAAGAAGUACGGCGUGUGUCUGAUCGGUAUAAAGAGGGAAGACAACAAGAGCAUCCUGCUGAACCCCGGCCCGCGCCACAUCAUGGCCGCCACGGACACCUGCUACUACAUCAACAUCACCAAGGAGGAGAACUCGGCCUUCAUCUUCAACCAGGAGGAGAGCAAGGGCCGCGGCGGCGGGGGCCUCUACGACGGACCCUUGCAGCUCCCUGUGCACAGCAUCAUCGCAAGCAUGGGCACGGUUGCCAUGGAUCUUCACAACACGAGUCCGCCGGACGUCUCGGGCGGUAAACUGGCUCCACCUUCGGUGAACGGAGCGCGGGGCCGCCGGCCGAGCAUCGCUCCGGUUCAGGAGAUCGCCGACUCGGCCUCAAUUCUGCCAUGCGACCUCCUCAGUGACCAGUCGGAGGACGACUCUGUGUUCACGGAUGAGAAAGGCGACUCGUCGGCCGAGUACGUGAAAGGUUACCCCCCUAACUCGCCCUACAUUGGGAGCUCGCCCACCUUGUGCCAUCUGUUGGCUGAAAAAGCCCCGUUUUGCUGCCUACGUCUGGACCAGGGUUGCAGGCACAACAGCUUCGUGGACGCCAAAGCGUACGGCUUUAAAAACAAGCUCAUCAUUGUUUCUGCCGAGACUGCCGGGAACGGCCUUUAUAACUUCAUAGUGCCUCUGAGAGCUUACUACAGACCCAGGAAGGAACUCAACCCCAUCGUCCUGCUGCUGGAUAACCCGCCAGAUAAUCACUUCCUGGAGGCCAUUUGCUGUUUCCCUAUGGUCUACUACAUGGCCGGGACCAUAGACAAUCUGGACAGCCUCCUGCAGUGUGGCAUCAUCUACGCUGAUAACCUAGUUGUUGUGGACAAAGAGAGCACAAUGAGUGCCGAGGAGGACUACAUGGCCGAUGCCAAAACUAUUGUCAACGUACAGACGAUGUUCAGGUUGUUUCCCAGUCUCAGCAUCAUCACGGAGCUCACUCAUCCAUCCAACAUGAGAUUCAUGCAGUUUCGAGCAAAGGACUGCUAUUCACUGGCCCUCUCCAAGCUGGAGAAGAAAGAGCGCGAUAAAGGUUCCAACUUGGCCUUCAUGUUUCGCCUGCCCUUCGCUGCGGGGAGAGUGUUCAGCAUCAGCAUGCUGGACACCCUGCUGUACCAGUCAUUUGUGAAGGACUACAUGAUCCUCAUCGCAAGGCUGCUGCUGGGGCUGGACACCACUCCGGGGUCGGGAUUCCUCUGUGCCAUGAAGGUGACAGAGGAGGAUCUGUGGAUCAGUACUUAUGGCAGGCUGUUCCAGAAACUCUGCUCCUCUAGUGCCGAGAUUCCUAUCGGGAUCUAUCGGACAGAAUCUCACGUGUUCCAGACAUCGGAGUCACAGGUGUCGGUCAGUGUUGACGAAUGCGAGGACACCAAGGACAAAGGGGACGAGUCUCGCAGCAACGACCAAUCGGAUCACCCGCUGCUGAGGAAGAAGAGCAUGCAGUGGGCCCGGCGCCUGAGCAAGAGGAGCGCGAGGUGGCAGGGAGGCAGCCGGGACCCGAGCAAGGACCACGCCCAGCGCAUCGCCCAGCAGCGCCUCAACCUCUACCGGCGCUCCGAGAGGGAGGAGCUCUCCGAGCUGGUCCGCAACCGCAUGCGGCACCUGGGCCUCCCCACCUCCGGAUAUGAGCUGGUCUGCUUCUUGUUUUUCCAACCGCUGCGUGCAGAAGACCUGACCAAUCUGACGGCCAGCGACGUCAUGAACAGAGUCAAUCUGGGAUACCUGCAAGAUGAGCAGAACGAUCAGCAGAACACGCUGUCCUACGUCCUGAUCAACCCUUCUCCCAACACCAGGCUGGAGCUCAACGAUGUUGUGUACCUGAUUCGUUCAGACCCUCUGGCUCACGUCCCGGAGGAGCCCCCCGUCCGCGGAAGCAGCCUGAGAGAGAGACGCGAGUCGAGCACGGACGUCAGAGAGGACACAGAGCUCUGAUGGAGUGCUGACCUCAACUGAUGCACGCUUUCGUUGUCGGGGGUGGGGGAGGGUCUGUUGUUGCGUCCAUGCAGGUCCGGCUUGAAAAAAGGACAAUUUGUGCUACAAUGUUCCUGCACUGCAGUCCACAGCUGUAUUAUAUGAGUGCCUACUGUCUGGCAGGUGACAAUUGAGGUCGUCUGUGACAUUUUCGUGUAUUCUUUGCAGUGGAAGCUCGCUCAGACGAGCAUCACUUUUAGGCGACUGAAGGGAUGUGGAUCGGGUCCCUGCUGCAGCGGAGACAGUUGUUCGCAGUGGUUGUUCAGUUUCUGCUCUUUUCCGUUUCCGCUCCCUCAGGAGAAGCGCAAGUUAAAUAUCAAGAUUUGCGAUUGUGGGAAGCGGACGUUGGCGGCACAGCGUCUAUCCAUCUUCCCUUGACUUUUUGACACUAAUGGAAAUCUGCACAUAUUUGAAAAGGUACAGGGCCAUGAACAUAACAUAAUAACAUGAAAUCAAGUAUACAUUUCAACACUGGGAGAUUAAAUAUGUUGAUUAGAGCUUUCCUUUAAGAAUUAUUUUCCAUAGCUGAGCCAUAGACGUGUGUUAUUCAGUGGUGUAGAUGUCCUAAUCAGUAGGUUAUGUAAAAACAACAAUGGUCACUUAUUUGUUUCUCCACUGUAUAUUUUUGAGGUUUUUGGAAUACAAGUGCUUAGUUCAACCCCUUUAAUAGGCCGUGCCAUAUUUUCAGCACUAUGCCGUACAUAGAUUGUUUGAUUGUUCGUAAUCAGAACACCUCAUCUUACUUUCAGCGCUGCUCUGAUAAAAAAAUGUGCUUUUUAAAUCUAUAUUUGUGGUUGUUUGGACCAAGUUUCUAAAAUGCUGAAUCCUGUACACAAGGUUUGACUUUGACUGUAAAAUAAUCCAUAUUUAAAUGUUAAACAUAUUUGUACUGUUUCAUUUUAAAGUAUUAUAUGAGGAAUAAAAAGAUUGUAACUGUUGCUGUCUUGUAAAUCAGCAAUAGAA